CCCCCUUUCGUGCCGCGCUGUUGUGGCCCACGCGAGUCGCCCUCCCUUCCGGUCUGACGGGAUUGACACCUGUCGCGUUGCUUGACGCGCCCGCGGCCCCUGCGACGGCUCCCUCAGCCAUCUCGCGUCUGUCCUCCUGUCCGCUAUGUAUGGCACCUCCCACUCGUCCGUUCCCGCCUCGAUGAAUGGCAUCGGAGGGGAGCUGGUCGAUGGGUCCGGCACCAUCAAUCCUGCCGCGUUGAACAAUAAUGUCGCCGUGGUCCUUCCUGCCCCGACAUAUGGGACCCCAAACCCAAGUGCCAUCCCUCGGGGUGUCAAACGGAGUCGCACUCCCGAUCUGCGCGUUCGUGCGGACGGAGAUCAUGACGACGAUGAUCAUGGCCGUCGGAAGCGCGGUCGUCCCCCAAAGACGCCCCGGCCAUCAACCGCCACCGCCGACCCGUCCGCGUCGAAUGCCUCCAUCCAGACCCCUCGAAUGCAAGCCCAACCGCUCCCCCAGGCGAGCAGCGUGGUGUCCCCGACUCAGGGUUCCCCGCCUGACAAGGUCACCCCCACCAAGUCUACCCUGGUCAAGGCCCUCCCGACCGUGCGCGACCACACCACCGACCAACUGAACGAGGAGAAAGACGAAUACAUCCCCAAGGAGUUCGACGAAGGCGGCGAGAGGAAGGUCGAUGCCAUGGGUUACCCCCAAGGCGACCGCGAGUACAAGUGUCGCACGUUCCGCGUGCCCCAUCGGGGGGCCAAGCUAUUCAUGCUGGCGACCGAAUGUGCGCGCGUCCUCGGAUACCGCGACUCCUACCUCCUGUUCAACAAGAACCGGUCGCUGCACAAGAUCAUCGCCUCGCAGGUGGAGAAGGACGAUCUCAUCCAGCAGGAUAUCCUGCCGUACUCGUACCGCUCCCGCCAGAUCGCCAUCGUGACCGCCAAGUCCAUGUUCCGCCAGUUUGGCAGCCGCGUCAUCGUCAACGGCCGCCGCGUGCGCGACGAUUACUGGGAGAGCAAGGCCCGCAAGCAGGGGUUCACCGAGGACGACCUGGCCGGCGAAAAACGGCCCGGCGGCUCCAAGGCCCGCGAUGCCGCCGCCGCCGACGCCGCCAGCGCCGCCAGCCUGUUGCCCGCCCUGGCGCACGGCGACGUCAUCUACUCGAACGCGCUCGAGGGGAUGCCCAACAGCCUGCCCGUGGGCGGUCCGUCCGCCGUGUCCCUCGCGCCGCUGCCCAUGAUCCAGGCCACCACGACGGAUGAUCCCCGGUUACGCGAGUACAACAGCAUGCCGCGCGCCCGCCAGGAGAUGACCGGGCCGGCCUACCAGGAUCGGACCCAGCCGAGCUCGGCGGCGGAGAUCCUCAACCAGGCGUCACACACGGCGGAUUUCAACAAAGCCCUGAGCUCGCAGCGCAGCUACCGUCACAAGGGCCUGGAAGACUUUUACGCCAAGCAGCGCGAGAUGUCGGCGUCGGCCGCGCAGCCCCAAUCUGGACUGGAUGCUGCCGUCUCCCAGCCGAUGCCGUCGCCGCCCAUGUCGCAGUCCGGCCUGGUGAACCCGCAGCCGCAGGCGAUGAUGUCGCAACAUCAGGCCCCCCUGAUGCCCGGGCCGGGGUUCCCACCGCCCACGGCGCAUCAACCGCCCGUGGCCACGCAGUCGCCGGUUCGGGCCAUGCCGCCCUCGCGGCCGGACCUGAUGCAUCAGCGGUCAAAUCCUGCCCUGUCGGCCGGCACCCCGCAGCCUCCCGGUCCGUACGGAUAUCCCUCGCAACCGCAGCCCAUGUGGGGGCAACCGCCACCGCAGCCGCAGCCGUCGCCGUUGUCCGCGGGCCCGCAGGGCGUGGGCAUGCCCCAGUACCCGUCGCAGCUGCACGGGCAGCCGCAGCAGUCACCGUCCCCGCUCCACACCAUGCCCCAGCAGCCGCACCCGUCGCAGUCGCCGCGCAACCAACCGCGACCGGCGGCGCCGCAGAUGCCCCAGUACCAGAUGCCGCACCCGUCCGCGCAGCAGCAACAGCCCAUGACCUCCAUGGGGUACCCCGGGGGGACACCUGCGCCCUAUCCCGCCAUGGCCGCCCGCGGCAUGUACCCAUCCACGCAGGGGCCCGGAGGUCAACCAUUCAUCGCCGGGACGCCUCAGCCGCCGGGCAUGGCCAUGGGAAUGACCGCCGGCGGGGGCAUGCCGGGCUGGGCGCCCGCCCCAGGUGGACCGAUGCAGCCAGGGCAUCCCCCGCCCGGGCAGUCC